AUGUCCUUUCCAAACAGCUCUCCUGCUGCUAAUAGCUUUCUAGUAGACUCUCUGAUCAGUGCUUGCAGAACUGACAGUUUCUACUCCAACAGCAUGUAUAUGCAAUCCACAGCUGAAAUGGAAACUUAUGGAAUGCAAACCUGUGGACUCCUGCCGUCUCUCGGUAAAAGAGAAGUUAGCCACCAACAUAUGGGCAUGAACGUCCAUUCUUAUAUACCUCAAUUUGAUAACUGGGCAGAUCCGAACAGAACGUGCAGAGCAGAACAGCCAUCCACACAGAUACCCACUUGCACGUUCUCACAAAACAUAAAAGAAGAAAGUAACUGCUGCAUGUAUUCCGAUAAAAGAGCAAAGGUCAGCUCGUCCGAAGUCCCCACGUACGCUAAUCUGAUUCCCGAAUCUUGUUCUGUAGAUGGUCCAGAAAUUCCCGUUCCGGGUUAUUUCAGACUGAGCCAAACUUAUGCGUCUGGAAAAAAUCAAGACUACAGCAACGAAACGAGUCCAAGCAGACUACUGCAGCUGAACAGAGUUGCUCCUAAAUCGCCACUAUCCUCUCUUGUCGGGGUGGAAAAGAAAAUAAGCGAAAAUCAGAAAAAACAAGAGACUUCCGAGACACCAACCCGCGUGGACAGCCCAGAUCCUAAGUCGAGUCCUGGAGAGGAGAACCCGUGUUCUACAGAAGCGUCUACCUCCAGCCCCAAAUCGCAACAAAAGGAGACGAAAGACAGUAAGAGUGAUACUCCCAAGACCAGCUGGUUAACUACAAAAAGCGGUAGAAAAAAAAGAUGUCCUUAUACAAAGCACCAGACAUUGGAACUGGAAAAGGAGUUUUUAUUCAAUAUGUACCUGACUCGAGAGCGCCGCCUAGAGAUCAGUAAAAGUGUCAAUCUCACCGACAGACAAGUGAAAAUUUGGUUUCAGAACCGCAGAAUGAAGCUGAAGAAAAUGAGCAGAGAAAACCGAAUUCGAGAACUUACCGCCAACCUAACUUUCUCAUGAAGUGCACCAACGUAUCUAUCUUCUUCAUCGCGACCCUCAACAUAACUGUCAAAGGGAAAUAUUGGAAACCUGUUUUUUUCCCCAUAUUUUGAGACUGUGACUUGUAUGUUUUAUAUUUCUCUAUAUUUAGUUCUGUAUUGUAUUUACCUUCUGGUCUAUCUAAAAGUGAUAAAUUGUGUAAUUUAAAUAUUGUCACAGGGUAAUGACAGAUUGGUUUACGUGGGGGUUAAAUUAUUAAAAUGUUCCAGAAAACCAAUCUGCAGAGGUUUUUUUUGUUUUCCAAAACAAAGCUUUCGUUGGGACUUUAUAUUUCAAGAACAUUCUUUUGUACAUUAAAGCUUAUUUGGUGUUGAU